GGAUUUUGACAUCUUUGACAUUUCUUAGCUUGAUGUCGUCUUGUGGUGACUGUGAAUGUGGCAAUUUUAGUUGAAUUCUUUUAGUUAAUUACAAAACAAUGCCUAAGAAGAAGACUGGGCAGCGCAAGAAGGCGGAGAAGCAGAAGCUGCGGCAGAAGGAGAUCCGCAAUGCGCGCGGUGUGGUGGACCUGGCGCAGCACCCCUGCAACCUGCCCAUGGAGUGCGACAAGUGCCAGAAGAAGCAGAAGAGCCGCGCGUUCUGCUACUUCUGCGGCGCGGUGCAGCGGCUGCCGGCGUGCGCGGCGUGCGGCAAGGUGAAGUGCAUGCUGAAGGCGGGCGACUGCGUGGUGCGCCACGCCGGCGUCUACACCACCGGGCUGGGCAUGGUGGGCGCCAUCUGCGACUACUGCGAGGCCUGGGUGUGCCACGGCCGCAAGUGCCUCACCUCGCACGCCUGCACCUGCCCGCUCAUGGACGCCGUCUGCCUCGAGUGCGAGAGAGGAGUGUGGGAGCACGGCGGGCGCGUGUUCCGCUGCUGCUUCUGCCAGGGCUUCCUGUGCGAGGACGACCAGUUCGAGCACCAGGCCUCCUGCCAGGUGCUGGAGUCCGAGACAUACAAGUGCCAAUCGUGCAACCGGCUGGGGCAGUACUCGUGCCUGCGCUGCAAGACGUGCUUCUGCGAGGAGCACGUGCGGCGCAAGCUGGCGCGGCCCGCGCCCGACCGCCGCGCCGCGCCGCCCUGCCCCCGCUGCGGCCACCCCACCCACGUCACCGCCGACCUCAGCGUGUCCAGUGAGUGCACACUAGCCCCCCCGCCCGCCGCGCCGCCCUGCCCCCGCUGCGGCCACCCCACCCACGUCACCGCCGACCUCAGCGUGUCCAGUGAGUGCACACUAGCCCCCCCGCCCGCCGCGCCGCCCUGCCCCCGCUGCGGCCACCCCACCCACGUCACCGCCGACCUCAGCGUGUCCAGUGAGUGCACACUAGCCCCCCCGCCCGCCGCGCCGCCCUGCCCCCGCUGCGGCCACCCCACCCACGUCACCGCCGACCUCAGCGUGUCCAGUGAGUGCACACUAGCCCCCCCGCCCGCCGCGCCGCCCUGCCCCCGCUGCGGCCACCCCACCCACGUCACCGCCGACCUCAGCGUGUCCAGUGAGUGCACACUAGCCCCCCCGCCCGCCGCGCCGCCCUGCCCCCGCUGCGGCCACCCCACCCACGUCACCGCCGACCUCAGCGUGUCCAGUGAGUGCACACUAGCCCCCCCGCCCGCCGCGCCGCCCUGCCCCCGCUGCGGCCACCCCACCCACGUCACCGCCGACCUCAGCGUGUCCAGUGAGUGCACACUAGCCCCCCCGCCCGCCGCGCCGCCCUGCCCCCGCUGCGGCCACCCCACCCACGUCACCGCCGACCUCAGCGUGUCCAGUGAGUGCACACUAGCCCCCCCGCCCGCCGCGCCGCCCUGCCCCCGCUGCGGCCACCCCACCCACGUCACCGCCGACCUCAGCGUGUCCAGUGAGUGCACACUAGCCCCCCCGCCCGCCGCGCCGCCCUGCCCCCGCUGCGGCCACCCCACCCACGUCACCGCCGACCUCAGCGUGUCCAGUGAGUGCACACUAGCCCCCCCGCCCGCCGCGCCGCCCUGCCCCCGCUGCGGCCACCCCACCCACGUCACCGCCGACCUCAGCGUGUCCAGUGAGUGCACACUAGCCCCCCCGCCCGCCGCGCCGCCCUGCCCCCGCUGCGGCCACCCCACCCACGUCACCGCCGACCUCAGCGUGUCCAGUGAGUGCACACUAGCCCCCCCGCCCGCCGCGCCGCCCUGCCCCCGCUGCGGCCACCCCACCCACGUCACCGCCGACCUCAGCGUGUCCAGUGAGUGCACACUAGCCCCCCCGCCCGCCGCGCCGCCCUGCCCCCGCUGCGGCCACCCCACCCACGUCACCGCCGACCUCAGCGUGUCCAGUGAGUGCACACUAGCCCCCCCGCCCGCCGCGCCGCCCUGCCCCCGCUGCGGCCACCCCACCCACGUCACCGCCGACCUCAGCGUGUCCAGUGAGUGCACACUAGCCCCCCCGCCCGCCGCGCCGCCCUGCCCCCGCUGCGGCCACCCCACCCACGUCACCGCCGACCUCAGCGUGUCCAGUGAGUGCACACUAGCCCCCCCGCCCGCCGCGCCGCCCUGCCCCCGCUGCGGCCACCCCACCCACGUCACCGCCGACCUCAGCGUGUCCAGUGAGUGCACACUAGCCCCCCCGCCCGCCGCGCCGCCCUGCCCCCGCUGCGGCCACCCCACCCACGUCACCGCCGACCUCAGCGUGUCCAGUGAGUGCACACUAGCCCCCCCGCCCGCCGCGCCGCCCUGCCCCCGCUGCGGCCACCCCACCCACGUCACCGCCGACCUCAGCGUGUCCAGUGAGUGCACACUAGCCCCCCCGCCCGCCGCGCCGCCCUGCCCCCGCUGCGGCCACCCCACCCACGUCACCGCCGACCUCAGCGUGUCCAGUGAGUGCACACUAGCCCCCCCGCCCGCCGCGCCGCCCUGCCCCCGCUGCGGCCACCCCACCCACGUCACCGCCGACCUCAGCGUGUCCAGUGAGUGCACACUAGCCCCCCCGCCCGCCGCGCCGCCCUGCCCCCGCUGCGGCCACCCCACCCACGUCACCGCCGACCUCAGCGUGUCCAGUGAGUGCACACUAGCCCCCCCGCCCGCCGCGCCGCCCUGCCCCCGCUGCGGCCACCCCACCCACGUCACCGCCGACCUCAGCGUGUCCAGUGAGUGCACACUAGCCCCCCCGCCCGCCGCGCCGCCCUGCCCCCGCUGCGGCCACCCCACCCACGUCACCGCCGACCUCAGCGUGUCCAGUGAGUGCACACUAGCCCCCCCGCCCGCCGCGCCGCCCUGCCCCCGCUGCGGCCACCCCACCCACGUCACCGCCGACCUCAGCGUGUCCACGCGCACGCACCGCUACGGGCGCCAGGGCGUGGUGCAGCCCGACGAGGACGGCGACGCGGGCUCCUACUCAGGAGACUACGACGCGGCGGAGGGCGGAUACUCAUACUCGUACUCGGAUUCGGAGGAGGACGACUCGGACGAGUCGGGGGAGAGCGGCUCCGAAGACGAAAGCGACGACUCGGACGCCGCCGGCGCUGCGCCGUCCAACGCCGCCUAGCUCCCGCGCGCUUCCACGAGCGACACUCAAACGUCACGACCGACUUUCUUUACACGUCUUUCUGAUCGUAGUAGACCCUAAAGUACUAGCUAAACUGUUGAGAGCUUUCUACGCUGCUUAGCUCCACUCUGAUCGAGCCCCGUUGGCUAAGCCCGAUUGCGAUCGGUAAGUUUCGGGUGUGGUCGCGGACGGGACGCUCUUUACAGGUCGCCGUGUCGUCGCCGGCCGAUGUGGCUCAAAGUUGCAAUUAUUUACUUCUCAAGUAAUUUGUAUAUACGGUUUUACCUAUUAUUUACACCAAUAUCUAUUUUGUAUUGUAAUGGUAAUAAAAUAAACUAAAAUAAAAAUA